AUGAAUGCAACAAUAGCUCGUGGCGGUGCUUUGCUGGCGCCUAGCUUCUGGGAACAGGAGUACCAGCGGAGUCUCGCCUACGAUCGGGCGCUGGACGUGGUGGAACGUCUUCGCCGUCGGUCGUUAUCGUCCGCCGAAAUCGACGAUAACUUCUCGAUACUGACGUUGUUUUACUUCCGGAACCAGAUGAUAUCCAACGUUCCCGGGGCUCGCUUUUUGUUCGAGAAGGGAAUCCCUCAAAACACUCAGGGCCUCAGCGAACCGGACUACGAAUGGGUCGUUGAGCGCUACUUGCACUCGCAUCAAACCGUCGACGUCGGCAUCAGCGACUGGCUGGUGCUGUGUUACAUGAUUGGCCUCGAAGCCGAACUCAAACAAGUGUUCCACGAUUACUUGCCCGUCACCCCGCCCGAAGGGUCGUUGAGAGAUUUGUGGGCCCAAUGCAUCAAAAACUUAAUCAGUUAG